AUGUUUAUAGCAGCGAGUAGUCGGGCAACAAAAUCGUUGUGCAGGAAGCGAAUUACAGAAAGCAUAGCAAAGCGAACCACUUCUGUCAAUCAGGAUAUUGCUAAAAUAGUUGGACCUCCGAUAUUAAUUGCGAACUCAUUGGGAUCGUACGACCCAAAAUGGCCACUAGAUUCUUUAGAUAAGUCGCAACAUACUCAAAUGAGCUAUUUGGAGCUAAGUCUGCUCAAAAAACAUAUUAAGGAUUUUCAAGUCGAUCAGCAGAAAAACAUUUACGACGUUAUUGACGGCAUUGAAUGGAACUACUUGGUUACGGAAGCACAUCUUGAGAAAGCACUGUAUAUACUGAAUGACCCUAAAUGCAAUGUUAAGAAAUUGAUGGAUUCAGAAAUUACUAUUCUUAUAAGUGCCACUGGAUGUCGAUGUCAGAUGUUGUCUGCAGCGCAAAGAAAUGAAUAUACUAUUCGUUUACUUAAUAUUCUUAAAAUAAGAGGUGCUAUGUUAGGUAUUACUGCUCGAAAUGCUCUGCUUGCUGUUCAAAUUGACAACCGAGUAGAUGUUGAUGUAGUGAAAACACUCAAACAGUUCGAGUCAGAUGGGCUUGUUCCUGAUGCCCAAACAUACGGCCAGCUUUCUCGAAUUUAUGCACGAAAAGCCGAUUUAAAGGGAAUAUUCGAAAUAAUCAAUCAUAUCAGAAAUAUUGGAGUAAAAUUGUCCGAUCAGGUACUUGAAUCUAUGGUUUAUAGUUUGACAAGUUCAGGAGAAGAUGAAAAAGCAAAAUCAGUUAUUGAAAACGUUGCAAAUAAUAUAUUUUUGGCAGAUGGCUUGAAGAUGGCAUAUACUUUGGCGAAAGCCGAAUACUUUGAUGGUGAGAAUGCUCUAGAGUUUCUGGAUGAAAUUGCGGAUAUUGACACUUUCAUGGAAAAACACCAGAUUUCGAUAUAUGAGUUAUUAUUUUGUCUUGCUAAAAAGGGAAACUUGAAAGCAGUUGUAAAGUUAAGAAGUCUUCUUCCAUCUUUAUCAGAAGAUGUAGAUAGUCAGUGGGGAUACAUGGUUUACAGUAAAGCCCGCACAUUUUUAAGUAAAAAAGAAGAGAAUAUUACGGCAGCUGCAUUGUUGCUUGAUUUUAUUCCGAAUACUGAAAAACGGUUAAAAUUACGGUCCAUCCUAACAAGACUAUUCCCAUCGUCUAUUCAAAAGAAGCAUAUUGCAGAUGCUAUAAGUGUGUGUACAAUCUUCCAGAAAUGCAAUAUCUUGAAGCAUCCAUUUCGAAUUUAUUUAAACUCUGUAGCUUUAAAUAAUCCUAAGAACUUCCGCGACCUCUUCGCAAUUUACAAGGGAAGGGAUGAUUUUGCAGAACUGUAUGAUCGCCCUCACUUACAACUUCCUCUCGCAGUACUACAUUUCAAAGAGUUGAUGAAAACUGAUAUAGUAGAGAAGAAAGUUGAACAUUUGUUGGAGAUUGCACGUUCCCUUCAGAGCACUGGAAUUGCAUCUUGCGGUGACAAAUAUUUUGCAAAUGUGAAAGAUUUAUUUAUUCUUCCGCUUUUGAAAGAUUUGAAUGCUCUGCCACAGUUGAUGAAAAAAAUUGAAAAUGACAGUCCACUUCAGUGUUUCGUAGUUGAUGUUCUCACUACUUAUUUGUUGGCAACGAAACAAAUGCAGCAACUUCAACUAUUGUUGCAUGGGGCCUUGAAAAAUUCUUCAGCAGGAGAUGCUUAUCCAUAUCAAGAAGUGAAAAGUCUCAUUCUCAACACGUCAAUUUACAACAAAAAUCUUAUUUCAGCUUGCUGCCUUUUACGGUUGCUUUUUCCAUUGCCCGGUGUAAGCAGUAAUCGUCAAUAUGGAAAAGGUGUGCAAAUAAUCAAAGCAGCCAUCGUUGCGGGGGAUUUGAAUAAAGUCAAAGUGAUGUGUGAAUUGUGGUCUGCUGAUAAACGAAUUGUUCUUCGGAAAAUCGAUAAGGACGAUCUUUUACAAACUCUUGACCGGAAGGGUGAACUGUCAAAGAAGCAGUUUGUAACUAAAUUAUCAGAAAAAGUAGCAACAAGUCAUGGUAUUAGACAAAAGCCUGUAGGAAAGAUAGGAAAUGGGAGUCAAAAACGCAUGGAAGUCGAAUUAAAGAAUGCACUUGAUUGUGGUGAUUUGGAAAGGGCAGAGAAAAUUUGGGCUAUUGGGUUGCAGCAUAUAUCUCCAUCUAUAGGGUUGUUGUUGGCUGAGAAAUUAUAUUUUUCGAAAAUGAUGAAUCAGUUCAAAUGCGUUCUUAUGAGACUUAACGAGCUUCAUGAAGAUCUCUCCUAUCAUGUGCUUAUCACUUACGAUUCGUCGGAUGCAUCAGAUACGCGAAUGGUGUUCCUAAAUGAAACGAGUAAGAUACUGGAUCUGCAUUUAAAUAUUAAACAAGAGCUUUUAUAUAGCACAAGAGUUAACGCAUUCCACGAAUUAGUCGAAAAGGGUAACCUGAGUCAAGCUCUGGAUUUAUUAAAAAUAAUAAGUGCUCAAAAAAAUUCGGUGUUUGGUCAAUUUGAUUUGAUGGGUGCAGCAAUUGAAAGAGAUGAUACAAUGAUCAUUUCCGAAGUGCUUAAUUUGAUUACAACUUAUCAUGGCAAGGAAUCAUCACUAGCUGACUUUUGCAUUGCUUUAUUAGAGCGGUGUAAAAAAACGCACGCAAUGAGACUGGUACAGAGUAAUAGUUUCCGACUUUCUAGUGCGAAGCUUAAUUAUUAUAUUGAUCGCGAAAUCGAUUUAAACCGGAUAGACGUUAUCCUUGAUUUAUUCGAGCUGUGCACUCCAAAUAGGAAUCUGGAACAACGAGAUUUGGAAAAUGCUAUUUCCAAGAUAGUUACUUUUUUUGUUAAGCGGAAAAAUAAAGCGAUGAUUAACCUGAUUGAAGAGAGAUUAAAUGGUAUUGGAAAAGGACUGACUCCGGAAAUGAAUUCAUUACUACUGAAAUUGAAAGAGCAGAAUUUUGAUAUUAUUAAUAAUGAAAAUGUGCCAACUCAGAAUCUUACUUCAACUGUUCGUGAUUUUAAAUAA